AUGGUUCAGGCAGAGAGGAAGAAGAGAGUAUGGUUCAGGCAGAGAGGAAGAAGAGAGUAUGGUUCAGGCAGAGAGGAAGAAGAGAGUAUGGUUCAGGCAGAGAGGAAGAAGAGAGUAUGGUUCAGGCAGAGAGGAAGAAGAGAGCAUGGUUCAGGCAGAGAGGAAGAAGAGAGUAUGGUUCAGGCAGAGAGGAAGAAGAGAGCAUGGUUCAGGCAGAGAGGAAGAAGAGAGUAUGGUUCAGGCAGAGAGGAAGAAGAGAGUAUGGUUCAGGCAGAGAGGAAGGAGAGAGCAUGGUUCAGGCAGAGAGGAAGAAGAGAGCAUGGUUCAGGCAGAGAGGAAGAAGAGAGCAUGGUUCAGGCAGAGAGGAAGAAGAGAGCAUGGUUCAGGCAGAGAGGAAGAAGAGAGCAUGGUUCAGGCAGAGAGGAAGAAGAGAGUAUGGUUCAGGCAGAGAGGAAGAAGAGAGUAUGGUUCAGGCAGAGAGGAAGAAGAGAGCAUGGUUCAGGCAGAGAGGAAGAAGAGAGUAUGGUUCAGGCAGAGAGGAAGAAGAGAGCAUGGUUCAGGCAGAGAGGAAGUAGAGAGUAUGGUUCAGGCAGAGAGGAAGGAGAGAGCAUGGUUCAGGCAGAGAGGAAGAAGAGAGCAUGGUUCAGGCAGAGAGGAAGAAGAGAGUAUGGUUCAGGCAGAGAGGAAGAAGAGAGCAUGGUUCAGUCAGAGAGGAAGAAGAGAGUAUGGUUCAGGCAGAGAGGAAGAAGACAGUAUGGUUCAGGCAGAGAGGAAGAAGAGAGUAUGGUUCAGGCAGAGAGGAAGAAGAGAGCAUGGUUCAGGCAGAGAGGAAGAAGAGAGUAUGGUUCAGGCAGAGAGGAAGAAGAGAGCAUGGUUCAGGCAGAGAGGAAGGAGAGAGUAUGGUUCAGGCAGAGAGGAAGGAGAGAGCAUGGUUCAGGCAGAGAGGAAGAAGAGAGUAUGGUUCAGGCAGAGAGGAAGAAGAGAGCAUGGUUCAGGCAGAGAGGAAGAAGAGAGUAUGGUUCAGGCAGAGAGGAAGAAGAGAGCAUGGUUCAGGCAGAGAGGAAGAAGAGAGCAUGGUUCAGGCAGAGAGGAAGAAGAGAGUAUGGUUCAGGCAGAGAGGAAGAAGAGAGCAUGGUUCAGGCAGAGAGGAAGAAGAGAGUAUGGUUCAGGCAGAGAGGAAGAAGAGAACAUGGUUCAGGCAGAGAGGAAGGAGAGAGUAUGGUUCAGGCAGAGAGGAAGGAGAGAGUAUGGUUCAGGCAGAGAGGAAGAAGAGAGCAUGGUUCAGGCAGAGAGGAAGAAGAGAGUAUGGUUCAGGCAGAGAGGAAGAAGAGAGCAUGGUUCAGGCAGAGAGGAAGGAGAGAGUAUGGUUCAGGCAGAGAGGAAGGAGAGAGCAUGGUUCAGGCAGAGAGGAAGAAGAGAGUAUGGUUCAGGCAGAGAGGAAGAAGAGAGCAUGGUUCAGGCAGAGAGGAAGAAGAGAGUAUGGUUCAGGCAGAGAGGAAGAAGAGAGUAUGGUUCAGGCAGAGAGGAAGAAGAGAGCAUGGUUCAGGCAGAGAGGAAGAGGAGAGCAUGGUUCAGGCAGAGAGGAAGAAGAGAGCAUGGUUCAGGCAGAGAGGAAGAAGAGAGCAUGGUUCAGGCAGAGAGGAAGAAGAGAGCAUGGUUCAGGCAGAGAGGAAGAAGAGAGCAUGGUUCAGGCAGAGAGGAAGAGGAGACAGAAAAGUGUGUGUUGGUUUGGGUUCAGGAAACAGAUCAGACUUCAGGAUAUUGACUCAGGGAGAGAGCUGGAGGUGA